AUGUCUGGCUCGCUCUCGAAUGCGAAUGGUAGACGCCUACUUCAUGUCAUGUAUAUGAUUCUCAUGUCUGGGUUUGAGAACACAGCAUUGUGUCAGAAGGCUCCGAAGAUUGAUCAUUUCAAAGAACGUUUACAGCUGUGGGGAGCAGGGCUCUUUGUCGAACCAAUACCUAUAGAUGAUGCACUCGGCAGCGACAAAGCUCAAGUGACAUUGGAGGCCUUAGAAUCCUAUCAAGUAGAGUCUGUUGAUGCACGGGAAGACAAAUGGCGUCACUCUGUGGCUACCGUCAUUGGAGACUUCAAUUUGUCAACCUUGCACACGAUAUGUCAUAACGAACUUGAAAAGCUUGAGGAUGAGACCACUCAGGAGGAUGACAUAGCCGCAAUCGAUGAAUUGUCCUUGCUUGUAGACACACUGUUUGACCUUCAACCUGCACUGAGGUCAUGCCGACGUGUUCUCUGCUCAGAACGAGCUGCGCUGGGAGAGAAGCCUCACGGAGUACAAGAGACUUUACAAGACACAUCUAAAGUGUCAGGGUCAUUGAGUGAUGAUAGAUCAGAAGAUCGUGGAUAUGCUUCCAAGAGAGCUAAUCAAGGCAGUGACAGUCCGAAGAGUAGUCCCAACACUCCGCAAUCCCCUAGCGACUCAUUGGCACGGGGCACAAAAUCUUUGCCCUCAGUACCGCGUGAAUCUGGCCUAUAUGACGGGAAUCAUGAGCACAUCGCAUCCUCUCGCGAGACAAGUCCCAGCGGGUCUCCCACGAACUUCAAAGGCAAUGCAGACAGCUCAGUGACUCGGGAAAUGAUUGAGUAUAGCGUCAAGACAAAGAAAUCCGAUGGCCACUAUUUGCAUGAAAGCCUGGAAGUUAUACUUAAUUCCAGAUCAAUCAUUAAACUACCGCCUGAUCGUAGCCAGCUAGACUCUCAGAUUGCAAGCGCGUAUCUCAGUAUCUCGUUGUCAGGACGUUCCCCUUACGAAGCCACUUCAGCCACUUGGCUGAACGAUUUGACGUUAUUGGGCCUUGAUCUUCCUUCGCUUGGCCUAGCGGAGACAACGAAAGUAUCAAACAAGGAGCUUGAAGGAGGAGAUCCAUCAAAAAUGGAUAGACCUCGCGAUGAACCUUCUUUUCGUCGGCAUUUCGAGAACCUCUGCCUGCAAUCAUGUGCAAAUGAUGCAAACGAGCUCCUGGGCAGGCUUCUCUUGUCGUACCAAAACGCCUCCGAGUUAGCCAACAUGCUCGAUGAAAUAACGCCCAACGAUAAAAAUGAGACAGCGAGGGCGACGUUAGGAGCCUCCCUGUGGCAGAUCUCUUUUGGAACCAUCGAGGCAUUCUAUCUCGCGGGCGCAAAGCUUCAUUCUAUUGUUGAAGCCAUUUCUCAGUUGAACGGUACAAUGCCAAGCAUGAGAUCCAUCCUUAGCAGUCACACUGUUCCUCAAUCAUUACUCCAGGAGAUGUAUAGCGUGUUUAUCGACUCAAAUCUGGCUAUAAUGGGCAAGGUGUCUCACGGUAUUCUUGCUUGCAGCGCUGAUCUUUCGAAUGACGUCUGGGUUCGUGAUCACAUUGCCCGCUUGAGAAUCAGUCUGGCAGAAGUCCGGUCAAGAUACGCCCAGACCGACGUUGAGCAGCGUUCGUUGCAUUCUAGAGGACCGAGUGAGAAUCAACUGGCUACUUAUGUUGAUCCGCCCUCGCUAUACCAGGCUGAAGCAAGUAGAAAACUACCCGAGAAGCUUUCACCAAGCUCGAGCCACAAGGGAUUGCUGGCUCUUGAUAAUGAAUCCAAUCCAAAAAGUCUGGAUGAAGAGAUGUCGACCUUUGGAUUUGUGGUUGUCAAGAGAUUGGGCAAAGGCAUUUCCGGAGAAGUGAAUGAGGUACGUGAAAUGUCAACGGGUCAAUCAUUUGCCUGUAAACACGUACACACCGGCACAUUAGAACCUCGAAUCGCAAGAUCUCGCGAACGUUUGUUCAUGAAUGAGGUCUCAAUAAUGCAAAAACUUUCACACCUGCAUAUUGCGCGGGUUCUUCUCAGGUUUAAGAAUAAGGACAGGAUUUCCAUGAUUAUGCUACCCGUCGCCGAUUGUGAUCUGCUGCAGUAUAUGCACCUAUGCAGCGAGCAAAUGUAUCCCAUACGGUCCAUCGGACAAAUCUAUCCAUGGUUCGGCUGUUUACUCGAUGCUCUGGCAUACGCGCAUCGAUUGGAAAUAACCCACAGCGAUAUCAAACCUUCAAACGUUUUGAUCAAGAAUGAGCAGCCAUAUUUGGCAGAUUUUGGGCUUGCGCGUGAUUGGGUAGUUGAGAAGUUCGAUCACUCGUUGCGCGGCACCCCAGCAUACUGGGCGCCGGAGAUCAGCUCUCACGGAACAGGAGGCAAAAAAGCAGACGUUUUUGCCCUUGGCUGCGUUUACUCCGAGAUGCUGACCAUAAUAAACAGACAAUCGCUAGAGACAUAUCAAAUUGCACGACGAGAGAAAUCAGACUCUGUAGCAUUCAAGGACUCCCUAGAUCUCGUUUGCCGAUGGUUAGAGACCUUUGAAGGCCCGAAAUUUUGGGAUAAGAAGCACAACCUCCUGGUUGAUACGGUAUACACCAUGCUUGACGUGCACCCCGAACGACGGCCUUCCGCUAAGGUGGCUCUGGGACGAGUGAAAAUGUAUCCAGAGCUGUGCUGUAUUGAAUGA